CGGCUGUGCGGGUUAUAGCGUUUGCAGUGAUAUCUUGUUGCCGAUCAUCCAGUGUUGUGGUGUGAGCCGAAAUACAUGAACGUUCGCACGUCGUGACUCACGAAUUCGUUUGCGAUCCUCAGUUCUGAUAAUCAUACCUCUGUGAGGUUCUCCAUGAAAAGUAACCUGCUUUUGUUUAGUACUGUUCGUUAUUAGCAGUCAAGUGCGCAGAACUUGGAUGUGAUAGGUUCUUUCCUUUCAGUGAAGUGAUUCGUGAUUUUUGAAGCCAAUUUCGCAGAAAUUGAUCCCAGACCUUAUACAAUGACUAUACGGCCAAUCUUCACAGGCUAUCCCUUUCAAGGGCAAGGGCGCGUAAAUCAACUCGGCGGGGUGUUCAUCAACGGUCGUCCGUUGCCGAACCACAUUCGCCUCAAAAUCGUGGAGAUGGCCGCGGCCGGCGUGCGCCCUUGCGUUAUAUCUCGGCAGCUUCGGGUCUCGCACGGAUGCGUAUCUAAGAUACUCAACAGGUACCAAGAAACGGGCUCCAUCAGGCCUGGCGUCAUCGGAGGAUCAAAACCCAAAAUAUCAGCACCGGAUAUCGAGAAAAAAAUCGACGACUACAAAAAAGAAAAUCCGGGAGCCUUUUCAUGGGAGAUUCGCGACAAGCUCGUCAAGGAUGGCGUGGUGGACAAGACGGAGGCACCUUCCAUCAGCUCAAUCAGUCGCAUCAUUCGCGGUGGCCGCAGAGAAGACGACCUCCGCAAGGACCACAGCAUCGACGGUAUCCUGGCAGAAGACGCCAGCGAGGACAGCGACACAGAGAGCGAACCUGGCCUCACCCUCAAGAGAAAGCAGAGGCGUUCCCGUACCACCUUCACCGCCGAGCAGCUAGAGCUCCUCGAACGCUCUUUCGAGAAGACGCAAUAUCCUGACGUCUAUACCCGCGAGGAACUCGCGCAGAAUUUGGGCAGGGCGCGCCUGACUGAGGCGCGGGUGCAAGUGUGGUUCAGCAACCGAAGGGCGCGACUCAGGAAGCAUCUCAACAGCCAGCAACUUGCGUCCCUCACUUCACCGAUGGCGCCUUCUGCAGCUGCUGCUGCCGCUGCUGCGUCUGCUGCUGCUGCCCCGUACAUGGCGCACCAUCAGUAUCCUGCACAGAUGUGCGACCCGUCGUCUAUGUCUGCGUCGGCUGCGUAUCACGGCGCUGCUUCAUGGCAGGCUGGGGCCGCCACCUGCUACGACUACUCAGCGUCGAGCCUCACGGGCGUCGACCACUCGAGCCUCAUGUCCCACACGAUGGCCUCAAUGCCCUACGCCGCCAUGAGUGGCGGUCCCGACGGCACCUGGGGCGCUAAAAGUGCCAUGGGAAGCUGGUGCACCACAGGCAUGACUGCACCUGCUAGCUUUGAACAGCUCGGGGGCCAACUCAGCGGACAGUUGGGAUCACUGCUUCCGUCGCAGUCCUACAAUAUGUCAGCUGCGCACGCAUCCUUCAAUGCCUCGGUGACAUCGCCUCCCGUGCCCACCUCUUCCCCUGACAAACCUCUAGCACAUUCCACAUCUUCUUCCGUCUCCAGCGUGCACACCUCAGCCCCUCAUCACUCUUCUCCCUCCGCCGCAGUGCAUGCUGCUCACGCCGCUGCCGCAGCUUCCUAUCCGUCAUAUUUCAGCCAAUUCGCGGACCCGUCCUCUUUAAUGUGUGGUCGUGUGCAUUAACAUAGCAGCCUCUGACGGCCGCUGCUCUUGGCUCGGAACCAAUGUUGGGAUGCAAGCGUGUAAAUAAUGUACAGUUUCUAAUUGCGGGCCUCUGCCUGAUAACGCCCUGUAUAAACAUCAAAAAUGCAUGUUUUUAUUAUAAGAUACGAUGGUUAUUAUAACUUUUGUAUUGAAAAACAAUGUUACUUUUAGUAUCAAGCCUUAGUAUUGUAUUUUUUAUAAGUUCAUCCGAGUUAAUCACGAGGCUUGUCGUAGCCAUACUAACAUCAGUUUCAAAAACAGAUCUUUAUAAAUAUUUAAAACAACAUUUUAAUUAUCGGGAUCUCGAUGAUGUGCAGAUUAAAUUAGAUACUUAGAUGAUACAUCAAGAUAAGAAUUUAGACACUUGAAAUAAAGAUUAUUGCAUUGUGUUUACAUUAUACUGAAGUACAUCGGUAUGACUUCAGAACAAGAAGCAAGUGACCUGCAAAUAUCCUCAUAUUUCAGCAUCCCCGUUUACGAUACGCUAGUAUGUAUAUGGCGAUUGCUGUUCCGAUGCAAUAAGAAUACAUUGGGUAUGGCGCGUUCUAUAAUCGUUGUAACAGAGUCUUUGCAUUUGUCUUUUUUAAUAUAAGCGUUGGAGAUAUAAUCGUCGAACGGCAUAUUUCGGAGCACAGCAAUUAAUGAUCCGAUCGUCGCAUUCUAUUUCAUAAACCUGUACAGUAAAAUCAUUUAAUUCUUAGUUUCUUCAAUUUAGUUCUUCACAAUUAUCUUGAUUUCGCCACAUGUCUUUCUAUCUGCUAUUUUAUUCUAGACAACAAAGUAGUUUUGAUAGAGAGAGAAGAAAUAGUUCAUUUUUUUGCGAUUCCGCAACCUAGGUUAAUAAUUUUGAGUGCAUCAAUGAUUCCAGUUAGUAGCUAAGAAAAUGGUUAUUGCCCGAGCGCAGUUCAUAGAUGAAUUAAGAGGCGAAUCAAAAUGUAAGCGCUUCAAUAAUAUUGAAUUUACUGCUGUAGAUAAGUGAAUAGACUUUUUUUUUGAUGCUUAUCUAAGUUUAAUUAAAACAACAAAGUAGAUUAGUUUGUUUAAAUUCAUUCAAUGCGUUACUUUAGUCUAGCUAGUCGUGGAAAUAUUUGAAUAUUUAAUAAUUGUGAAAAGUUACGGUAAAUGAACGAAUCAAUGAA